UAAUCGUCCACCAAUUCGCGGUAGGACGACGCAAUGGAUCGCUGAGUUAUCGCGAUUAAGCGGGCAGAGUGUUUUUUUUUUUUACGAGAUCUUAUCGUCGUCGCGAAAAAUCUUGUUUGCGAUAAAAGAGAAAAGAGGAAAAGCAACGGGCGGACAACGGGAAAAGCGAGUAAGCCUCAUGAUCGUCGUCGGCGACGCAAUGACGGGCAAACAUUACGCUGUCCAACGCCAGCCAAACAAAAUGGCCGCCAGCGAGUGCUUGACGGUGCUGUUGUUUACCCGUUAGGCUGAAAGCACACGGUGAGCAUUCCAAGGUGAGGCGCGCCUGUCGUCGAUUCCUCGUCGCCGCGCGCGUUUUUCUCGGAUUUUGUGCUGCCUCGAUUACGAGUAUAGCUUACUUCCGUUUUUUUUUGUGCGCAGUCAACGUCAGGUAAUAUUUAAGUAGUGGUAGUGGUCGUUACGCUACAAUCGUCGCGAUUGGCGGUGUGGACUUUUUACGAGGAGCGCGAAGCUUCCGCUUGCCAUCCUCGCGCGUCUCUCGGGUUCGCAUUGCGAUCCGAGAUAUGCAUCGAGUCAGCAGCAGCUGGAUACUUUGGAUUCACGAAACAAACCGCCGAUAAUUGUUCGAAUGUAAUUUGGCGCGCCCAGGCAAAGAUGUCCAGCUCGUAUAUCGUCGAGCCGCAAAGCGACUCCGAGAAGAAGGAUGACACGUUAAUUAUUGUUGUAAACGAUGACGGAACCUUAUCCGUCGAUCAGGCGACUCUACAGAACUUGAUAAUGACCCAAUCAACCGCUAAUGUUAGCGUAGUAAGACUCGGGCAAACUGAGACAGACAUCGAAAAUGGGGAUAUAACCUUGACUGUAGAUCCACCGCAAUUUACACAUCCUACAGCGAGCUCGGUAAGCGCCAAUGCUAGUACCGACUCGGGUGGGUUGGUAGAUCCUUUUAUGGAGAUGGAUCCAGAACAGUUGGAAAGAUUAGAGACAGCUCUCCAAAGUGAAGAAGCAAAGCAGAUACUCGGGGAGAAUGUCACUGCAAUGCUUGAUAUGUUGUCAGUAGAAGAGCAGCAAAAUACUAUACGUUAUAGUAUACAAUUGGAUCAUUGUUAUACAAGCAGAUUGUCGCCCAAUGAUCCAAUACCAAGAGAUCCCUUACCAAUUGUUGAUGAUUUGCCUGAUUCUAAUGAUGUGCAAUAUAUACAUCAAUCAUUAUCUCCUCGAACAACUGUUAUGUCAUCCAUUAAUGAUGUAGAAAAUGCUGGAGUUAAAGGGAAGGUUACUGUAAAGAGUGCACCAUUGCAGAGCAAACAAAUGAAUAGACCAAUACGUAAAGCCACUGUGUCUACACCUACAAAUGUAACUGGGCUUUCUAGAGCUAAUACAAACAUUGUUGGAACUCCCAAAUCAGGACAUCAUCUUAUAUCGAGAAAUCUAACAAAUGUCCAGCAUGGUAUAACUAAAGCGCAAGGUAGGAAUAACGAGGAGGAAGAGGAUGACGAUAUCACAGAAUCAUCCACGGAAUCUUCGGAAUCUGAACCACCAUCUGAUAAUGAUAACGAUUCAGACUUUGGUCCUCGGGGAACCAAGAGAACUAAUGCCAAGCCUCGAGGGGGACGAAAAGGUCUUACUACUAGGGGUGGUAGUAUGGCUGCCGUUCGUAGAAGAGGUCAAAAUAAACAGCUGGAUAUGGAGCAGGUGCGACGAUUAGACAUGGAAAUGGCUGCUGCCGUUAAUGCAAUGAAAACCCCCGAGAAAGAUGAAAGAUCAGAGAGGUUUAGUCCAACCAAGAAUAAGAGACAAAUCAAAACUCUCGGCGGAAAGAAGAAAGAAGACUCGCUAUACACAGAGGCGUCUCCGUCUGAUGAAGCAGCAUACGAAAAACCGCUGCAAACGACAAAUCAAGUAAAAGCGAAUCUAAUUAAUGCCAAUAUGAUUAAGGGUGAUAUGAUAUUAACCAAACCUGGUCAAGGAAGAAGUAAUCAAAAAGUUACAUUUGUUCAAAAACAAGUUCCAAUGAAACCGAACGAACUCAAGAAUAUUGGACUUAAAAAGUCCAUGAUGUUUCCUAAAGGAAAAUCUGUGAAUCAAACGGUUACAAAGUUUUUUGCAACUAAAGAUGGAAAAUUAGUACCAAUAGCAUCUAAAACGAUGAGUCCGAAUAUGCAGGUUUCUCAAGUAAAAGCAACAUUGACACAGCAGCAUGUGUCACAGCAAUCUGCACAGACUGUGAACCAAGGAUUGUCAGUGCAGCAGCAAUCAAAAAUUUCUUCGCCAACUAGUAAUACUCCAUUAAAAAUCAAACUUGGCGAUAUAAAAAGGGAAAAGAGAAAAUCUGAUACUAGCAUAGAAUUAUUCUCAAAGGGAGAAGAAAAUUCUGCAAAGUCUAUAGAGAAUAAAACAUUGGAUGGUGUGAAGAAACUUAAAAAGGAUAAUCGGAAGGCUCCAACAUAUGUAGCUGAUACUCUAGGUCCAGCGCUUUUUUCAACACCAGAUAUAAUCCGACGUGUUGGUUCGAAUAGCGAUGGAAAAAUUGCAGAUAACAUUGCAACACCUACAACUCCAACAACACCUUCUACAACAGUGAUAUCUACACCUGGAUCAUUGACAAUUCCUAUAUCGGCAGCCACUUCAUUGGAUAUUGGCAUUUGUGCUGAUUCAAAUGUAGCACAAAACAAUGCUUCUAAUUUUAGUAAUAAAAGCACAGUAUCUAAUAUAUUAGAACAAUCUGUUGAAUCAGAAUCGCAAUUGAAUCUCGAUGAGAGUAAUAAUGUAUUAUCAGCAGAUGAGAACGAACAAAAAUCGGAAAUAAAAACACCUAUUGAAGAAUUGCAACCGUCACUGGAUUCAGUGCCAAAUACUGCUUCUUCAGAGGGAAUUAUUCAGCCUGUGGUACUACCUCAUGUCCUAAAUCAUGUUUCUAAAAGUAGUGAGAUUGAAGGAGAAGAACAUUUAUUUGCUACUUUAGAAAUGGAAGCCAGUAAACAUGAAGAAGAACUUCUAGCAGAAGCUUUAUUGUUACAAGACGAACUGACAGAUGAUUUAGCUGAACAUCCUACACUGGUUGAUGCCACACCACCUGUGUCGGAAUCAUUAGCAUCAAGCAGCAUGCUUAUGCCUACAUUAAUAACAUCUGAACAAGAAUUAACCAAACCAGUGGAAGCGGCAACGACGACUCAAACAAGUAUUCCGAAAGAAACGAACAAGAAAUCUUCAAAGGAUGAUAAAGAGCCAAUUCAGAUCAUUCGGGGUGGUCGUGUGAUUACAUUACCACCCAUUGAAGCACCUGCAACUAGAAGUAAACGAUUGCAAAUCAAAACUGAAGCACCACAGAAAAAUCCUGAACCGAUAAAGAAAAUAGAAAAAUUCACUUCGCAAGUUCAACAAAUAUUACAUAACAAAGAAGAGCUAAAAAUAAAUGAAGAAGAUGAUGAUGAUGAUGAGGAGGAUGAAGAAGACAACUCAGAUUCAGAAGAUGAUCCAGAUCGAUUAUGGUGUAUCUGCAAACGACCGCAUAACAAUCGAUUUAUGAUAUGCUGUGAUGUCUGCGAAGAUUGGUUUCAUGGAAAAUGUGUACACGUUAGUAAGGCUAUGGGUCAACAAAUGGAGGAAAAAGGUAUAGAAUGGGUUUGUCCGAAUUGUUUAAAGAAAAAAGCUGAAGAAGAAAAAGCAAAGUCGAAUUUGCAAUCGCAAUCUGGAAAACAAAGAACUAAAAUUGAACUAAUAAAUGAAAAUUUAAUAUCGCAGAAAGUGUUAUCGAAAGAAAUACCUCUAUCAAGUCUUUCUGUUGAUUGUGGUGUUGCUCCAGUUUCUGGCACGAUGCAGUGUGUUGUAUGCAAAAAGGAAGCUAGAAAUUCCAGCAUUUAUUGUUCAGACGCAUGUAUUCUUGCACAUGCUCAAGAAACUUUGACCAAGGAUAAACCUGUACCAAUGGGUUCAAAAGCCACAAAGUCACCUGUAAUAGAAACUAAGGCAAAACCUGAAGCUAGAGUGAUAGUUCUUGACAGAAAAAGUGGCAAACUUCUUACUGGUGCAAAUGCUCCUACAAGAUCUAAUUUGCGAUCAUGGUUGAAAGAGAAUCCAACUUUUGAAGUGAUAGGAGCUAACAAUAUUAAUACGCUGCAGAUAGCUGGGAAGCUUGUUACACAAAUCCAAACAUCUGAAAAAACUACAAAACAGCCGAUUAAAAUGCAAACCAUGCCAAAGAUGAUCUAUACGAAGGUAGUUGGAUCAAAACAAACUGUUUUAGCACCCAAUAAAAAAAUUACGAUAAUUCCCGCUGCACAACAGCAAGUGAAUGUGUCGCCGAGCAAUAAGCCGAUGCAGCUAAAACAGACAAUAAUCUCCACGACGCCGGGAAAGAGUCCUGUAAUAUUGAAAACGGCAAUGCCGAAGAGUGUCAUGUCGACACAAUUGAAAACCCAAACAACGGGCUCACCAAAACAAACUCCAAUUAAGAAGCAAGAAACAAAGCCAUCGCCAUCCCAAUCGAAGCAACAAAUUAAGCUAACCCCGGUGAAAAAACCGGAAGCGGAACCUAUACGAGUAAAUAUUCGGAAAACGCUGACGGAAUUAUUAUCCAGCCGUAUAAAAGAAACCGAAGAUCUGAAAUUAACCGAUGAGGAGAUUGCCGACUUGGCCUUCAACAUAGAGCUCGAAAUGUACAAAUAUUUUAAGGAUACAGGUUCCAAAUACAAAGCAAAGUACAGAAGUCUUGUGUUCAAUAUAAAAGAUACUAAGAAUCUAACGUUAUUCAGAAAGAUUGCGGACCGUUCUUUGACGCCGGAUGCGGUAGUACGAUUGAGUCCGGAUGAGAUGGCCAGCCAGGAAUUGGCCGAGUGGCGAGAGAAAGAAACCAAACAUCAACUAGAGAUGAUAAAAAAGAAUGAAUUAGAUCUAAUGGCUCAGGCCAAAUCAAUCGUUGUGAAAACUCACAAGGGCGAGCAGAUAAUCGAGAAUGAUGGCGGAAUUGAUCAUGUCGAUCCUAAAACACCGGUGCAGGAUAUCGUUACCGCAUUGAAUAGCGGUGAUAGCAUAAGUUCCACGGUCGACGAUUUGGAAAAAGAUAAAGAGGAUAGACUGAAAUCGCGAAUGGAUGCGAAAAAGUCAAAGAAUAUGGACGAACGCAGGAAAAAAGACAAGGAGAGAGGUAGGGAACGUGAUAAUGUAAAAACCAAAAACAAGGAUCGUCGGGAAAGAAGUCACAGUCGGCAUCGGCGUAGCCGUGAUCGUGAUCGCAGCAAGACGCGAGAUAAAAGCAAAGAGCGAAAGUCUAGAAAUAAAGAGAGCAGACGCGAUAAAGACAGAGAACGUGAAAAGGAUAAAGAUCGAGAUCGGAAUAAAGAUCGGGAUAAAACAAGUAGGAAGGAAAGCAGAGAAAGAGGCCGACAGAAGGAAAAGGACAGGCAUAAGGGUAACGAUAGUUGGACGAGAAAUCGUAGUGAGAGCAGAGAUUCUAAGGAUAUCGAUAAGAAGGAGGAAGAACGAAAAAAGGAGACAGAGAAAAAGAAGGAAACCUCACCGGCAUCUGAGAAACCGAUCGAAGAUCGCCUCUGGCGACACAUAGAGGACGAGGCGACGACGAAUACGAUCGACGGAAACGAUUCUGACAUAUCGGACAGAGAACCCAGCUCCACUGUUACGAUCAAGACGCCCGACAUAAACGAAGAGCCUGAGAGAGACAAAGAACAAGAAACGGAUAAGGAAACGACUUCGAAAGGCGGCUGGCGGACUGUCUGGCGCGGUUUCGUCAAUAUGGUUGAUGUUGCCAAGUUCUUUAUAACCGCGCAAGAGGUAAGCGGCAAUGCUAAAGAUCUUAUGGACGAUCUACCGGAUACUGUCGAUGUUGUUGGUAGAAUCAGUCACGAAACCGUUUGGGAUUAUAUCUCAAAGAUGAAGAGAACUGGCUCUAAAGAGAUCCUGGUCAUCAGAUUAACGGCCGCAAACGACGAGGAAAAGAUUCCAUAUAUAACUCUGUAUAGCUAUUUGAAUAGCAGAAGCCGACUGGGCGUCGUGGGCAAUGUCUCCAAGAAUAUCAAGGACUUUUAUAUAAUGCCAUUUUCGAGUCAGAGUACGAUACCGCCAGUGCUUUUGCCACUCACCGGAUCUGGCUUCGAGGAGCAUAGACCGCAUUUACUUUUAGGCAUCAUAGUUCGCAACAAGAAGAAAAGAUUAACGGCUAUACCACCGGUCGUACCAACUAAGACGUCCAAGAAAGAAUCUGAUAGAAGUUAUACACCACCGUUGGUUAGCGUGCCGAAGGAAAAAACCACAUCGCCGCCGCCAUCCUCGUCAUCCAUGCUAUAUCACAAAGCGACCGCGUUAGACUCGACGAAAGAGAAACCGACGGUGACACAAAUGACUUUGGAAACUCUCAACAAGGCACACAUAGGUAUGUCGCGCAGCGUCAUAGACACUGCGACGAUAUGCAAGAUCGUGCCGGAGCUAUCAUCCAAGAUCGACCUAACUUCAUCGCCCGGUAAAGUCGCAUUGGAUGAUGAUGGGGACGAGCCUUACAGUCCCGGCGAGAUGGAUGAGGACAUAAACAAUCUGCAGACCACCACUGAUAGCGCCGCCGGUAUUCUCUCAUCCAGCAAAAAUUCCACGGAACUACAGAGAAAGAUGGAUGAGCUGAAUCGGCAGAUCGAGGAGCAGAAACAACAAAUUGAGGAGCAGAAGCAACAAAUACAGAGUAUUAGUUCGUCGUUUCUUGACGAAACGACGCCGACUCUGCCGGGUUUGGGAUUGGAUCCACCCAGCAACGACUGCGAGGAAGCUUACAGCCCAUCAGAUGCGCGCUCAUUCACGCCGCCUCCGCCUGAAAUCACCAAGUUCGCGCAACCCAUCCUCGACAAAGUCUCGGACAUCACUAUACCGCCGAACCUGCAAGAGAUCCUGGCGAAUGUCAAGCGACAGGAAUUCUCCAAAGUGGAUCCUUAUCUUCCAUCUAAACCUAGCGCGUCAUUUCUACCCGCGGCUGGCACAUCACUUUACGCUUCGAACACGGAGAAAUAUUCGCCGUCUUCUUCCAGAAUCAAUCAAUCGGAGAAAGCGUUGCCUGAAGUUACGAAAGAGAGCAAGAGUACGCUAAGCACACUAAGCGAUCUGGAUCUGAUCCGGAAGGCAGAAGAGGAAUUGGCUGCUGUUGCUGCCGCAACGGCGGCAGCGACAGCAUCGGCGAAUGUAUCCGCGCCAACAUCAUCAUCCUUGCUCACAUCUCCUGUUCCGAAUCUCGCCCUGACGCCGCCGUCUGUCGGUUCAAUGAAUGACGCACUAAUACCACCGCUGUCGCAGGCUCUUUCAUCGCUUCCCUCGGAGCCCAUUUUAGAAACUUCGUACAAGCCGACUCCCUCGGACUCUUUCAAGAAGACUUUUGCCCCCGAACAGCCGAAGCCACCUGGUCUCGAGGAUGAGGAUUUUCCCGCGUUUCCUUCGACUCCGCCAACGAUAGAUGUUUCUAAAGUGGCGGCAUCUCGCUCGAAAAUCUCACCUAAGACUGGUAUCAUAUUGAAUGUCAAGCGGAAAUUAAGCGACGACGGUAGUUCAUCAUCACCCUCUAAAGUACCGAGGACUAAAUCGCGUUGGGGUCAAGGACCAUCCGAAUAAGCCAGUCGAAUAGCUGCGGUAUAGUGAACUUCUAGAAUAUAAUUGUUCUGUGUACGCUAUUCAAUAAUACUAUUAUCGUCAACGUUUAAAGCGAAAAAGCGAAAUAGUUUGUUUUGCGCCGAAAGAAGACGAAAGAGCGAUAAACUAUGAAAAACUUGAUUGUAACAUAAUAUAUAAGAAGUAUGAAGUGUGGAAAUGCGUCUUAUAUGCGAUGAAAAAUAAUUAUAUAUGAGAUUACAAUCAUAAAAGACAGAGAAAAAAAAAGAUAAAGUGGAAGGAAAAAGAAAGAUAACGUAUGUUCCACAACAAUGAAUCAUCAAUUACGUGUUUACGUAAACAUUUGUCGCGUUCGGAAUAAAUCUUUAUGAAAGAUUUUAGACACAUUAUGUAUUCGACAAGCGCGUCGAAUGUAGAUGUAGAUAAAGCUUCUUCUAAGUAACUACCGAAUUUGUAAGAAAAACAUGCGAUGUCCUGUAACGGGAUGUACAAUCUAUAUCAGAGCUUUAUCCGCCAGAGAAAAAUUCUCUACCUUUCUUCCAUAAUUUUCUAUCCACUACUCUUUCUAUCCUCUUUCAAGGACAAACUUUGUUGAAAAGACACGUUGUUGCCAUCUUUCAAAUCUCGCUGUUUAUCGAUGAUAUUCUGCACGUGGCAAUACGGGAAAUCCAAAGAUAGUCCUGACAAA